AUGAAUAUUGAUAAAUACAUAGAAGAAGGAGAUAAUUAAAUUCAAAAUUAAUUAAAUUCAGUAGAUUUUAUCAUUGAUGGAUCAUAAUGUUUAGAAUUAUCUUAAUUAGCAAAUUUAUAAUAAUAAUCAACCUCCAAGAUAAUAUAUAGAAACAGAGAAUCUCGACUAAAAGAUAUGGAAGCGAGAAUAAAAGAUACAGAAAUGAGAUUAAAAAUGGCAAGUGAAUAAAUAAAAAUGAAAUUAAAAUUUGAAGAUAUUCGAUUAAAUGAAAAUAAUGAAUAUAAUUGGCCUUGUUUAGGUUAACUUCUAGUAGAUUUUUUAUUAUUUUAUGGAAUGGAUGAUUAUAAAUAUAAAUAUGUUAAACCUUAUAGAAUCGAAUCAUAGAAUAAUGUCAAUUCUUAUAUAAUAGAUACUAGUUAUGAUCUUUUAAAUUAAGGAAAAAUAUAAAUAUUUGACCCAUUAUAUCCAUAAAAUAAUGUGUCUAGAUCAACUUUUAAAUAUUAAAAUAUAAAAACUGCUUUUGCGAUUGGUUAUAGUAUUAUUCAUUAAGUAUAUUAAUGUGAUACAAAUUUUUUUUCAUAUUUUUUUGAAAAUCUGUAUAAAAAUACUAUCAACUGA